AUGACUACUCUGACUGAAAACUUUCUGUCUUCAGCAGAAUCAAAGCCAGAAGUCUAUCCCUGGCCCUCCUGCCCUCUGGCCUUUGGCAAUCAGCAGUCUCGCAGCCAACAUGAGCUACGAAAUCAUCCUAUCCCGGAUUUACAUACAGGAAAUCAACUCCAACUAGAGGAUCCUUGCCCAGAUGACCACCAGCAGCAGCAACAACAUUCUGAUAAAAACUGGGGGGCCAAAGCAGAAGAUCAAGGAGUAGGAGGCUCUAAACCCUUGUUCUAGACAAAUCAGAGGGAGACUUCAGUGGUUUUCUCCAGCCCACCCCAGGGGCCACCGGUAAGCUCUCAGGGAGGCAACAGAGUGUUGAAGAUACAACUCAGUCCAGCCCAGAGGGCAAGUCCACUGACUACUUCUGAGGAAGUAGACAAAGUUCCUGAGAGGGUAGAAAUAUCAGGAUUCGGAGCAGUCGAGUUUGGAGGGUGUGGACUAGAUCUUGGCUAAAGCCAGAAGUCAAACCAAUUCAGACACAAGGCAGUCACAGGGAAAAAAUCUGUGUGCAGGGAGUGUGGGCAAGGCUUUAUCAGGAAGUCACACCUCAUCAGACAUCAGAGGACACGCACAAGGGAGAAGCCCUUUAUGUGCACAGUGUGUGGGCGAGGCAUUAGUGAAAAGUCAGACCUCAUUAAGCACCAGAGGAUUCCCACAGGGGAUAAACCUUAUGUGUGCAGGAACUGUGGCUGAGGCUUUAGGGUGAAAUCACACCUCACCACACACCAGAGGACAUAUUCAGGUGAGAAGCCUUUUGUUUGCAGGGAGUGUGGGCAAGGCUUUAGGAAUAAAUCAACCCUCAUCACACACCAGAAGACACAUUCAGGGGAGAAGCCUUAUGUGUGUGGGGAGUGUGGGCAAGGGUUUAGCCAGAAGUCAUCCCUCAACUCAUAUCAGAGAACACACUCAGGAGAGAAGCCUUAUGUGUGUGGGGAGUGUGGGUGAGGUUUUAGCCACAAGACAAUCCUGAACACCCACCAGAGGACACCACAGGAGAGAAGCCUUACGAGUGCAUGGUGUGUGGGCAAGACUUUAGCCACAAGUCAACUCUCAGUGCACCUCAGAGGAUACACUCAAGAGAAAAGCCUUAUGCAUGCAGGGAAUGUGGGUGAGGCUUUAGCCAUAAAUCAACCCUCAUCAGACACCAGAGAACACACUCAGGGGAGAGCCUUAGGUGCACAAGGAGUGAGGGUGUGACUUUAGCAACAAGUUAACCAUCAGCCACACCAGAGGGCACACUCAGGGGAGAAGCCUUGAUUGUGAGGUAGUGUGGGCAAGGCUUUAUCUGCUCAUCACUCCUCAUCACGCAGCAGAGGACAUACUCAGGGAGAAGCUUUAUGUACAGAGUGAGGGUAAAGUGUUAGCUGGAGGUGACCUCUUUAAGAAACUGUGAGUCAAAUCUGUUCACCAUGCGUCACUACCCCACUCUAGCUCUGAGAGGGCUUCAGGGACAGUCUUCUGACCCCUUAUACUCUUUGUGAAUGUUAAGAUGGCAGAGGGCUAGCUUCUGAGAACAGAGGUACCAAGUGGUGGUUCUCUUGGAGAAGUGGUCUUUGUAUCUGACUGCUUCCUUCUGCAGCUAUGUCCUUCCAUUGGCUUCUAUAUUUGCCUGUUUUAUUUUUUUCCACAUCUCUAGCCUUUCCCGCAUCCUCUUCUACCCUACCUUUAGGAAUUGCUCAGGGUUCAGUCUCUAGCCCUACCGUCAGAGGGACUCCUUCACCAUAUCUCCUUCCUAACCCUCCAAUCCCAAACUCAGGUUCCUUUAACCAUACCUCUAAAGCUCUUCAGGCCCUGGACUUAAACCUCAUAACCAGGGGGCCGGCCCGGUGGCUUAGUGGUUAAGUGCGUGCGCUCCGCUACUGGCGGCCCGGGGUUCGGAUCCCGGGCGCGCACCGACGCACCACUUCUCUGGCCAUGCUGAGGCUGCGUCCCACGUACAGCAACUAGCAGGAUGUGCAACUAUGACAUACAGCUAUCUACUGGGGCUUUGGGGAAGAAAAAAAAGGAGGAGGAUUGGCAAUGGAUGUUAGCUCAGAGCCGGUCUUCCUCAGCAAAAAGAGGAGGAUUAGCGCGGAUGUUAGC